UUAACCUACAAAAUUAUCAGCAAUGGCGCUUUGGGCAACUUCCUCUUCCUCUUCUCACAAGCUUUUCUUUACAUCUUUAGCUGCAACAAGAUCCGGAAAUGGAAGAACAAUGAGUGGCAAAAAUGGAAGAAGAAGAAGAGAUUCAGGAUCCAUAGUUCAUGUUGGGAUGGCAGAUCAGGCAGAGAUGGAGACAUUAUCAGUAGCAUACAAAGAAGGGGAUCGUGAGAGGCCAGAUUGGGCAGAUGAAACUCCUUUGUCUCGCCUUGUUGAAGCUCUCAUUUCCUUUAAUCCCCUUUACUUCCUGCUCAAGCUUGGUGCUCGACAAGUUUUGAUCAGUACUGCGGAGAAGAAAAGCAUUCCAUGGAGGCAGAUGGCGAAUGAGAUUCUGGAAUCGGAUGUUUACAAGGAGCUAGCCAGCAUUCAGAACCCCUUUCUUCAAUACCCAGAUUAUUAUCUGAAUCCUUUUCAUGCAUAUGACGAUGGCAAUCUUUCAUGGAUGGCAGCAGCUGAAGCGGAGGUCGCAACCAUGUCUAUGACGCUGCGAGCUAUUCCAUAUGCUUCAACAUUAGAGAAAGCAACUCAAGAAAUGCGUGGAAAUUGGCUUCAAGCAAUCAAACAACAUCACAUGAUGCAUUCAGGAAAUGCCAAGAUCGAAACAAUUUUAGACAUCGGAUGUUCCGUUGGUGUGAGUACCCGAUUUCUUGCCGAUGAGUUCCCUUCUGCUAAAGUCACUGGCCUAGAUUUGUCGCCCUACUUUCUGUCGGUAGCUCAAUAUAAGGAAAAGAAAAUACCCCCUCGGAGGAACCCCAUCACAUGGAUACAUGCAGCCGGAGAAAACACCGGCUUGCCAUCGGAAUCGUUCGAUCUCGUUUCUUUCGGUUAUGUGUUCCAUGAAUGUCCUGAAAGAGCAAUAAUAGCUUUGGUAAAUGAAGCAUUCCGGUUGCUUAAACCCGGCGGCACACUCGCUAUAACUGACCAGGCGCCCAAGUCUAAGAUCAUUCAGGAGCUGCCUCCAGCACUUUUCACAUUAAUGAAGAGUACGGAACCAUUCUUGAACGAAUACUACCUCACUGAUAUGGAAGGAAGAUUGAGAGAAGCUGGCUUUGUCAAUGUAAAAUCAAUGCUUACUGAUCCCAGGCAUAUGACCAUGACUGCAACGGUGCCUCAGCAACAUGAUUGAGUAUUUUCAUUAAAACCAAAAGCAUCUACGAGUUUGAACUUCGAAUCGGAAAACCUUUGAUGACUUCCUUUUAUAGCGUCAUUAAGAGAUUCUAUAGUAUGAAGAAUUGAGGGUGUGGUGAAGACCAUAUGAUGUUUGUUUAUGAUUUGUAUUGGGUAACAUCAUAAAGAAGGAAAGCUAACAAGUUGAGCA